GAAGCAAAAAAACCUCAGAGAAAAUAUAAGUUUUGAAGAAAACUAGAACACGUGAAAAUAUGGAGAGGAUAACUUCACUUGCAUUCCUUGUUAGCUUACUGAUCGUGUUUGCCUCUGUUGUGAAUCAGACCAGAGCAAACACAUGCAGCGAAGGUCUAGGCACAUGCGAAAACUGCGACCAGAGAUGCAAGGCCAAACACGGGCCAUCGAGCCAAAGCUCCUGUGAUCGCUCUGUUGGGGUGCCUCUGUGCACGUGUUACUACCAAUGUGGACCACCCAGCCCGACUCCACCUAAGAUUUGCGAUGGUGGCGCUGGUAUAUGUAGUCAAAGCUGUCCUGAUAAAUGUUGUGAUACAAACUGUGCACAAAAGUAUAAGGGUGGACGUGGAUUUUGUAGCUCCAUCGGUAAUUAUCGUUUGUGCCAAUGCACGUACCCUUGCUAA